AUGGCUGGACAUAAAAUAAAAUUACAAUCGAAUGAUGGCGAUAUAUUUGAUGUUGAACUUGAAAUUGCUAAUCAAGCAAUAACAAUAAAGACAAUGUUAGAAGAUCUUGGUAUGGGUGAAGAAGGAGAAGUGAUACCGUUACCGAAUGUUAGUUCAGCUAUUCUAAAAAAAGUUAUUCAAUGGGCAACACAUCAUAAAGGUGAUCCACCACUACCAGAAGAUGAUGAAAAUGGUGAAAAAAAUACAAAUGAUAUAUCAUUAUGGGAUCAAGAGUUUCUAAAAGUUGAUCAAGGAACACUUUUUGAACUUAUUUUGGCUGCCAAUUAUUUAGAUAUAAAAGGCUUACUAGAUGUAACAUGUAAAUCAGUUGCAAAUAUGAUAAAAGGAAAAACACCGGAAGAAAUUCGACGAACAUUUAAUAUUAAAAAUGAUUUUACACCACAAGAAGAAGAACAAAUCAAAAAAGAAAAUGAAUGGUGCGAAGACAAAUAG